AAGAAAAAAUGUAGUGCUCAGUGCUCACCACUAAUUGCUCCCGCCAUUUCCCCCUUUUUAUCUUCGAUGCCGGAGAUUAUGGCCCGCCAUUACAGAUUAAUUAAUUAUCAUUAUAGAUCGGAAGGCCAACCGGUCAAAACAUCACAUCACUUGAGUUCUUGAAAUUUUGGUUACUUUUCUUGGAUCACCGGCCAACCUCACCCACCCACUCCCCUCUCCGAGAAAGCUCAGAAGCUGCAUUUACUCCUCCAAUGGCGUCUGAUAACAAGUUAAAGAACAAUCAAGUAGUUUCUACUAUGAUCAAGCAAGGCUUCAUUUCUGACCCUUUCUUUUCUUCUCCUCCUCCUACUUCCCAUCAUCUUCCUGCCGCUAAACUCGCCGCCACCGCCGUUUCUCCGCCGCCGGCGUACACCCCUGCUUCGCCUCCGCCGGCUCCGCCCACCCAGACCCUCUUCGAUAUGAUGUCCAAGGAGCAGUCUCGCAACUUCCGGCAAUCCCCCGAGGCCCGCCACCGAGUCCAGGAGCGAAUCUCCCGGGUUUUGGCCCAUGCACCUUUCCAAAGCCCCAGCCGCGCCGAUGGUAAUUUUAUUGAUGGUUCUGGGAGUGGUGGUGAUGUUAAGCUGACGAUUGCGGCGCGUGAUGGGUGGCCCAAGGUUUCUAUGGACGUUCAUCGGAGGGUGCUGGCCGGCCGGAGCAGAUUCUUCGCGGAGAAGCUCCGGCGGAGCGGGUCGCACUCGGUGGAGAUCCUGGAUUGCGAUGACGUGGAGGUGUAUGUGAAGACUGUGGUGCUUAUGUAUUGUGAGGACUUGAAGAAGAAAUUGAUUGGUGAGGGUGUUUCUAAGGUCCUAGGGCUCCUAAAGGUAUCUUCAGCUAUCAUGUUCGAUGCCGGAAUAAUGGCUUGUUUGGAGUAUCUGGAGGCAGCUCCAUGGUCUUCAGACGAAGAGGAGAAAGUAAUAACUCUUCUGACUCAACUUCACCUUCCCGAUUCAGCAACCGAUUUGCUUCAUAGAGUAGUGCCCGAGCCUUCAACGUCUUCGGGAACUGAUGACGUCUUGCUGAGAUUGCUAAGCAGCGUUUUACAGGCCAAGGAUGACCGAGCCCGUAAAGAGAUGAAAAUUGUAAUUUCUCGGUUGCUUAGAGAAGACGUCCCUGACAAUACUAUUUCGAGGGACAUGCUCUAUAAUCUUUGUCACGGGUGUCUUAAUUCGUUAUUACUCUGUGCGUCCGAGGCAACGUGUGUGGAUGAAAGCGGGAAGGAUCGGGGAGUCGUGAUGGGGGAGAUAGCUCGCGAGGCGGAUAACGUUCAGUGGAUCGUUGAUAUCCUGAUUGAGAGGAAGAUGGGGGACGAAUUUGUGGACUUAUGGGCGGACCAAAAGGAGCUUGCGAGUCUUCAUUCCAAAAUUCCCACCAUGUAUAGACACGAAAUUAGCAGGAUCACGGCACAGCUCUGUGUGGCAAUUGGUCGAGGGCAUUUAUUGGUGCCAAAAGACGCACGAUUCUCUUUGUUAUCGACGUGGCUGGAAGCACUCUAUGAGGACUUCGGGUGGAUGAGGAGAGCGUGUAGAUCGAUCGAUAAGACGCUAGUCGAGGAUGGAUUGAGCCAAACGAUUCUUACCCUUCCGUUGCCCCAACAACAAGCAAUCAUGCUUAAUUGGUUCGACCGGUUUCUUAAUAAGGGCGACGAUUGCCCCAACAUUCAGAAAGCAUUUCAAGUCUGGUGGAGACGGGCUUUUAUUAAGCAGUAUGUGCCCGAGUCUCAGCUACAGAUAGCUCUUUGUGAUUACACAAAUUGAUGACCAAAUAAAGAUCCCGUGAAGAUUCCCCCGAUUCUUUAACUUGCUGCAGGCCUGGAAAAACCCGUUUUCGGGUUUUAAACCGCCACUAUCAUCAGUGCCAAAACUCACGAGAAUGGUUCCUCCUGCAUAGUUAGAGGUCUGGGUUUCGAAAUACUGUAUGAACUGAGAAACGCUUGUGCCCUUGGCAUAGGCGUAAAACUGGAAGUUGACAUAAUCGAUUAGAUGACCGUAUCUCUUCCAGAGUGCUAAGUAAUAAGGCUGCACACUGUCAUCAUCGUAUGGCGCUAUAGAUGUGUAUGAAACAACGUUGUUCUGUUUAAGGUAGAACAACAAUCUGCCAAUGCACUCCGCGAAUGUUUCAGGGUCUGAGUUGAAGUGUUCGUAGUCGAUAUCGACUCCAUCCAGGUUGGAAGAACACGAAUUUACCCCCAACAGAAUCCCCACCGAGGCUCAUUCCAACCUUGACGUUUGGAUGUUGGGAUUUGAUGGAAGAAAUUCGGGAUGGCGUGAGGUUUCCGGUGUCCCAGAACGGGCUGAAAACCCCGUUGGAGGGCUGUGGAGAUGAAACAUCAUGUGUGUAAUCAAUGGCGAAGGAAAGGAGGAAGUGAAAGUCGAGUUUCGGGUGGAUUGGCACAUCGGAAAAGGUGACAUUCUUGUCCUCUGCUCCGAUGUAUUCCCUGAAAAGAUUGGAUGAAUUUACUGACAGUGAUUGAAGAAGGAGGAGAGUGAAGAGGAAUUUGAAGGAGUCCAUGGUUUGCAGAAAGGUGCAAGGCAGGAUGAUGCAUUUAUGUUAACAAUUUUUGGACAGAUUAUUUGUGGAACAUAGUUUAUAUUCUUUGUGACUUUGGAUACUGAAAUAUAUAAAUCCGGCCGCCGGCAACUCCAGGCUAAAGGCUGUGUUUGGGCGGCAGACUGUGAUUGGUCGGCCGGCGAAUACA